AUGUCCUCUUCCUCCACUAACAAUAGUGACAAUCCCAACGAUGGGACAGGCACCAAGCGAAAAAACAGUCAAGAUCUAGAUGGCUUUCACAAACGACCCUUUAUUUGCGAUCUUUGUGAAAAGCGUUUCACCCGCCUUGAAAACCUCACCCGACAUAAACUUUCACAUGAUGAUACAAAAAGUAUCCAUUGUGAGUAUUGUCAACAAUCAUGCAAGAGAACGGAUCUUCUCAAACGACACAUACAGCGACACCACUCUGGUGUCCUCCCAAACUCUUCUUCUCAUCUUGCUUACGAACAACUUCCCCCCAAAACUAAAACCAAUGGACAACAUCCCGAUAAUAUGAAAAUUGUUCUCCCGUCUUUUGAUGCCGUCGAUCUUCCGAAAACGUAUCAUCCCAAUCUACGGCCCUACUUCACCGUCCUUCCGUUCCUCCCUUCUGACUUUCUUGGCCAUUAUAUCGAGAGUUACUUUGAAUGGUUUCAUCCCAUUCUCCCCAUUUUGCACCAUCCCUCUUUUCACAUCGAAGGUACUGCCGCCUCAUUUAUACGUUCAGUUAGCUUGAUCGGUUGUCAUUCCACUGGUAUUGAAAGCGAUGCUACUUUGGGCCUUUUGUUUUGGGACAGCGGCUUUCACUUGUUGCAGCUCUAUACUCAAAGCGACAUUCAAAAGAGCACAAGCCUUUGGGUGAUUCAGGCUCGCUUCUUGUUUUGCAUCUCCUCCCUUUUUGAAAAAACUUCCACUUUUGCUAGUAUUGGUCAAGCCUUACUUCGCGAUCUGGUUUAUGAUUUUCGAGUACUGGGCUGGACGGCCCUUCCUUCUAUUCCCGAGAAUUCUUCCCUUUCCGCUUUUAUUGAUUAUGAAUCUAUGAAACAAUAUCUUCUGGCUGCCUUUUUCAACCGAAACCCUUCCCUUUCUUUUCAAGAACUUCAACUGCCCCUUCCCAUUGAUGAAAUUUUUUGGGAAUCUGCUAAUUCCUUGCAAAGAGAACAGUGGAAGCAGACAUCUCCUUCCUUCCACGAUUGCUUAGGCAAGCUCUCUUAUGGACCUAUUGCCUUAAAGGAAACAAGAAUCACUGGUCUAGCUCUCCUUUGUGCUAUCUAUGAGCUAAUCCGUAACGAUGUAAAGAAAGAAUAUGUUAUUGGCUCUUUGAAAUCCUCUAAGCAGGUAUAUGAGGCUAUGCUUCAACAUUUACGCAUGAGUAUUGAAUGCUCCAUUAAAAACAAGAAAGUUUUGUCGCUAUUUGUUAGUUUAUGGAAUCUAGUACGAACGUAUUUACAUCUUCAUGAUCCUUUGUUGACUAUGUCAAAGUCCUUUUAUGAUUUAAAGAGUGCUGUUCAUUUCUUUCGAAAUUCUGUAGAAAGUGACGACGCUCAUUUUCAUACCUUUCCUGAGUUUUACAACAUAAGUCUGGCUCUGGAAGGGAUUUUAUGGGCACUUGAUCAUGCGUCAGUCGUCUUGCAAAAUUCCAAUUUUGACAUACCGAUCAUUCACUUUGCUGUCUUUCGGUUGGUUCUUCAAGGCUUAUACCUCUUGAAAGAUUGUCGAUCCAAUACGCUGUUCACUCAUACAAAUACAGCCUUCUUGCGGAAACAAAUAACAGUCUGCUUUAGCGGUCGCCAGAUUCUUAUGGAAGCUUGGGAUACUUCUGAUGGUAUUGUGAAGUUGGCUUCAGUCCUAAAAAAACUUUUAGAUAUUGAAGGAGGUUGGGGAACAGGUGCUUUACUUUCCGAAAUCUUUAAUUGUUUGUAA